GGUCAGUUUUCAGUGAUGUCAUAAGCUAGUGACAGCUCGGAGAAAGCGGGAACGGGAACUCCCUCGGUUCGAUUUGUCUCCACGCUGGAUCAUUUACUGCUGGAAAAAGUUCAAAGCUUCACACAUGGCUUGUGAGAAGGAAAUAUGGCAAAAGAUUGGAGAGGGCUUUGUCCUGGAAUAUUAUAACCAGUUUGACAACACCAACAGGAUGGGACUUGGGAACCUAUAUUCUCCUGAUGCCUGUUUGACAUGGGAAGGAUCACCUUUUCAAGGAAGAGAAGCCAUUUCUGGCAAACUAGUAAACCUUCCUUUCAAGCGUAUUAAGCACAUUAUAACAGAGCAAGACUUCCAGCCAACGAUAGACAGUUGUAUUCUCAUCAUGGUGUUUGGACAGCUACAGGUAGAUGAUGAUCCACCAAUGGCCUUCCAUCAAGUGUUUAUGCUAAAGUCUCAGAACUGUGCGUGGGCGUGCACGAAUGAUGUGUUCCGGUUGGGACUACACAACAUACCAGUGUAAAGAUGUGGCUUUACUGGCUCAUUGAGGUCCAGCUUUGAAUUCAUACUGUAGUCAAGCUGCCAUCUUUGAAAGCUGUAUGUGAAGUUCCUCCAUGUUUACAGCACAUCAGUAAGCAUGCUUUUUGUAGUCAAGAUGUCAUUUGCCAAAUAACAUUCCUAUCCAACUAAAGAAUUUAUGAGUCUGGA